AUGACGAGUAAUAAUCAAUUAGACAUGAAGCAAAGCAUUCACCAGAAAGCUUACGUUCAAAUGAGAACGAUGUUAACGUUCCAGACAACAAUUUCUCACAAUUUCGGAUUCCUGUACAUUGCAAUCGGACCACUUUCCGAGGAGACAUUAGCACAAAUGCUUUUGACAUUGUACUGUGUGACCUUUAUUUCUUCCUUGGUAUUAGUAAUGAACAACUUUGUCUACAGAUAUAUUCCAGUUGUGCAGGUAAGCAAAGCACGCCUUCUCUACAUCUACCAUUCGUUGAAGUGGGCCAUUGUUACUUACUCCGUCAGCGUAGCUGUGAUAUGCAAUUGGGUCUCUAAUGCUUUACAAUUCGCAAGAAAAUUCGUAAUUGACAACUAUGGGCUAGAUCCAAGAGGAAAAGCCUUUUUUGGAGCUAGAAUAAAGGUUUGCUAUAAUCUCUAUACGCUGCUUCAUACAUAUAUCAAUUCCCUACUUUUCACUAUACCACAAUAUAUACUCUUCUUCGAGACUUUCUCACUUGUAACGGCACUUUUCACAGUUGGAGCAUUAUGUGCUUGGAGGAUUGAUAGCUGUAUAAGAGAGAAUGCAAUGAGUACUCAAACAAAGAAAAUGCACCGGCACAUGCUCAUCAUGCUCAUAGUGCAGGCUGUUUGUCCGGGCAUGCUCCUCAACGCACCACUUCUCUCUAUAUAUCUGCUUUUUUUCGCUGGUAUCGAUAGCCCAAUAGCGAUGAGCUACGCCAUCACUUUUUUGAUGGCAUCGUACUCAAUUUUCUCUCCGAUCAUCGUUCUCGUGUUUAUGAAAGACUAUCGGAAUUACAUCCUCGUCACAUUGCGCCUAAGAAAACCUAGUGAAAUCACGAAGGUGACUGCUAGUGACGGGAAACCGGCUUUCACUAGAUGA